GGGCCCCAGUCAGGCCAGGCUGCUCUGACUGUAGCUUCCCUUCACUUACUCCGGUCAGCGGAAUGGACGGAGAUGCCGCUGUGUGAGUCCGAGCGACUCUACAGCCAUCCGAGAAAGAGGAAAAAGAAGAAGAAGAGGUCAGCGGAAAUACGGAAAUAACUAGAGAUGGACAACAAUGACGCCUAUUUACAUCUCAACUCACCUGGGGCACUUAACUCCUCCCUCUCACAGCCUCCACCAAUGGGCUCCAUGAUGGGUCACUCAUCCGUCAUCAGCACCUCACGCCCCCUCCCUUCACCUAUGGGCUACUCGGUCAUCGCUUCGUCUAUGAGCUCGCCCCCUGUCUCACUGCCCUCCACACCUGCCAUGGGCUAUGGCGCCCUCAACAGCCCACAGAUGAACUCUCUGAACAGUGUGAGCAGCUCAGAGGAUGUGAAGCCUCCACCUGGUCUUCCAUCUCUGGCUAACAUCAGCAGCUACCAGUGCACGAGUCCUGGCUCCAUGUCCAAGCACAUCUGCGCCAUCUGUGGUGAUCGCUCUUCAGGAAAACACUAUGGUGUGUACAGCUGUGAGGGGUGCAAAGGUUUCUUCAAGAGAACCAUCCGAAAAGACCUGACCUACACGUGCCGAGACAGCAAGGAGUGUCUGAUCGAUAAGCGCCAGCGCAAUCGCUGCCAGUACUGCCGCUACCAGAAGUGUCUGGCCAUGGGCAUGAAGAGGGAAGCGGUUCAGGAAGAGAGGCAGCGUGGGAAGGAGAAGAGCGAUACUGAGGUGGAAUCGACCUGCAGUUUUAAUGAAGACAUGCCUGUGGAGAAGAUCCUGGAUGCUGAGCUCGCAGUGGAACCCAAGACAGAAACACACACAGAUGACAGUCAGGGAAACUCUACAAAUGACCCGGUCACUAACAUCUGCCAGGCAGCAGACAAGCAGCUCUUCAUGCUAGUUGAAUGGGCGAAAAGGAUACCACACUUCUCUGACCUUCCCCUGGAUAAUCAGGUCAUUCUACUCCGAGCAGGCUGGAACGAGUUGCUCAUUGCCUCCUUCUCGCACCGCUCAGUCACAGUAAAAGAUGGUAUCCUGCUGGCUACAGGUCUCCAUGUGCACCGGAGCAGCGCACACAGUGCUGGAGUGGGCUCCAUUUUUGACAGAGUGUUGACUGAGCUGGUGUCUAAGAUGAAGGACAUGCAGAUGGAUAAGACGGAGCUGGGCUGCCUCAGAGCCAUUGUUCUCUUUAACCCUGAUGCUAAAGGUCUGUCAAACCCAGCUGAGGUGGAGGUACUUAGAGAAAAAGUAUACGCCUCGCUGGAGUCUUACACCAAGCAAAAAUAUCCCAGCCAGCCCGGCAGGUUUGCUAAGCUCUUACUGCGUCUCCCCGCUCUGCGCUCCAUUGGACUGAAGUGUCUAGAGCAUCUCUUCUUCUUCAAGCUGAUUGGAGACACUCCCAUAGACACCUUCCUCAUGGAGAUGCUUGAGGCACCGCAUCAGAUAACAUGACACAAGCCCCGCCCCCUCUUCCUUUUCUUUUUGUAAAUACAUCCACAUGAUACCCGGGAAUGAACGAACUUGACGGAGGAUGGAAGUUCCAUGUUUUUGUACAAAUCACAGCCUGAUGUGAGCGAUGCCAGGGUGGGAGGAAGCUCAUGAGGAACUCUGUCAGAAUGAAUUUUAAUAGAUUUGUUUGGAAAAUAAUUUUCUCUUGUAAAUAGAUCAUUUUCAGGCAUCUGGUCUAACAGCAAAACAACGGCAGGACAUUUAUUUUGUUGAAAAAACAAAUUACAGAAUUUCUAAAAAACAAAAAACUGCCUCGUGUCUGAAUAAAAUAUUUAAAUUUGCAGUG